AAUAACGAAAUGGUGGAACUGCAGAGGAUACGAAUGAAAGAUGAAAUUCGAGAGUACAAGUUUCGAGAGGCAAGACUCCUGCAGGACUACACUGAGCUUGAAGAAGAAAAUAUCACUUUGCAGAAACUGGUGUCCACACUGAAACAGAAUCAAGUUGAAUAUGAAGGCUUAAAGCAUGAGAUUAAACGAUUUGAGGAGGAGACAGUGUUGCUUAAUAGCCAGCUAGAAGAUGCCAUCCGGCUGAAGGAGAUUGCUGAGCAUCAGCUGGAGGAAGCCCUGGAAACUUUAAAAAAUGAAAGGGAGCAAAAGAACAAUCUGAGGAAAGAACUCUCCCAGUAUAUCAACCUCAAUGAUAGUAUGUAUAAUAACCAUAUUAAUAUAUCAGUAGAUGGAUUGAAGUUUGCAGAGGAUGGGGGUGAGCCCAACAAUGACGACAAAAUGAACGGACAUAUCCAUGGGCCUCUAGUGAAACUCAACGGUGACUAUCGAACUCCCACGGUUAGGAAAGGAGAAUCUCUGCACCCUGUUUCUGACCUCUUCAGUGAGCUCAACAUAUCAGAAAUACAGAAACUGAAGCAGCAACUCAUGCAGGUGGAGAGAGAGAAGGCCAUUCUCCUGGCCAACCUGCAGGAGUCUCAGACGCAGCUGGAACACACCAAGGGAGCCCUGACUGAGCAACACGAGCGAGUCCAUAGGCUCACGGAGCAUGUUAACGCCAUGAGAGGGCUGCAGAGCAACAAGGAGCUGAAAGCUGAGCUUGACUCUGAGAAGGGUCGAGACUCUGGCGAGGAGGCACAUGACUAUGAAGUGGAUAUCAAUGGCUUGGAGAUCCUAGAAUGUAAAUACAAAGUAGCUGUUACUGAGGUGAUAGACCUUAAAGCAGAAAUCAAAGCCUUAAAGGAGAAAUAUAAUAAGUACGUGGAAAACUACACUGAAGAGAAGGCCAAGUAUGAGAGCAGAAUCCAGACAUAUGAUGAGCAGGUGACAAGCCUGGAGAAGUCAACCAAGGAAAGCCAGGAAAAAAUGGUCCACAUGGAGAAGGAGUUGCAAAGGAUGACAAGCAUAGCAAAUGAAAACCAUAAUACCCUCAACACCGCCCAGGACGAGCUGGUGACAUUUAGCGAGGAGCUGGCUCAGCUCUAUCAUCACGUCUGCCUGUGCAACAAUGAGACACCAAACAGGGUCAUGUUGGACUAUUACAGAAGGGGGGUGGCAUCACCGGUAGAAGCCAGGACCCCGACCGAGCAGGUGACAAAAGAGGCCACAGAGCCAGGCAAGGAACAGAGCCCGACAAAAACACCUACCAUAUCUCCUGUCAUCACAGCCCCUCCUUCCUCCCCCGUCUCCGACACCAGUGACAUCCGCAAAGAGCCGAUGAACAUCUACAACCUCAAUGCCAUAAUAAGGGACCAAAUCAAGCACUUGCAGAAGGCUGUCGAUCGGUCACUGCAGUUGUCGCGCCAGCGUGCUGCAGCUCGGGAGCUGGCACCCAUGAUCGAUAAAGACAAGGAGGCCUUAAUGGAAGAGAUACUGAAACUGAAAUCACUCCUGAGCACGAAGCGGGAGCAGAUCGCAACCCUGAGAGCAGUGCUGAAAGCCAACAAGCAGACAGCUGAAGUGGCACUAGCCAAUUUGAAGAAUAAAUAUGAAAAUGAAAAAGCAAUGGUGACUGAAACUAUGACCAAGCUACGGAAUGAACUAAAGGCUUUGAAGGAAGAUGCAGCAACCUUCUCAUCCUUGAGAGCAAUGUUUGCAACAAGGUAAGAGGAAUGGUUUCACCAUCUGGCUCAGCACU